AACUCGAUAGCUUUUUGUCUGAGAGAAAAAAAAAAACAAAACUUGUCGAGAAAUCGAUUUCAAUCAAAAUCCCCGACAACACCAACAGAGAAGACAUCAAAGCGGGUAAAAGGAAAAAUGGUGGUGAAACCAACGGUAGCUUUGAGAGGCAUCCUGGUAGGUGGAGUGGCGAUAUUCGCCAAAGUUGCAGGCGCUAUGAAGGCUGCUGGGGGUGUCAAGCUCGGUGCAGCUGCUACAGCCAUGACCGUGGCUGCAACCGCAGCUGUGUCUGGAUCUAAGCAAGAUCAAAAGGAUGAUGCCCUCAAGAAGAAGACACCACCUUCUAAGUGAAUAAUGUUACUCAUCUAUGUAAUUCUUCUUCCUUGAACCAAGUCAAUAAAAUAAGAGGAAACUUCAUGGUAGUUUUUUUUAAGUAUACUUCGGUUUCUUCUGCAGAAAAUUGUUUUGUUGUUGAAUAUUUUAUGAGUCUGCAACUUCUUACAAGCAUUAUUUGUAUAACAUAAGGAUUUGUAGAA